AAGAAAACCAUGUCUCACUCAACGACAACUAACGAAGACGUCGACUCAGUCCAUUCAAAUGCAUCGAGGGCAGCUCAGCAAAAAGGUGAUUUGGUCAUCGAUAGCUUCCAAGAUCUCUACAGUCAAACUACCGGCCCCGACAACUCUCUCAUGACGCGCUCUUGCUGCACGUUUACUCUAGAAACAGGCCACAUCAAAGAAAUCAAAUCGAGCUUAAAUCGUUUGCACUCAAAGCCUUCUACCUCAACUUCGAAACCAAUCCACCGCUAUCUCACUCUUACUAGACCCAUCCGACUUGAGGAAAGAUCCAUGCUUGAAACUCGAGUUCAUCCUCAAGAUGCAGUCAUCACUUAGCGAUACGGUGGAAGAAAUCCUAUCUGCGCUGGAUUGUAUCUUCCCUGAACAAGUAAUAUUACCCAACCAAAUGAAUGAUCAGCACCUCAAGGAAAUUAAAAACUAUAGACUCUACGGUCUACAUAGUUGUAUCGAAGAGUUGCUGAGCGAUAUCGGUUAUUUCUGUCAUUUCUGUAUUCAGUUAAUUUUAGAACUAGGGUACUCGACGACCAAAGCUGCUACUAAUGGAGUUGAAUGGCCUAAACAGAGAUUACUCGACUCAAUGUCUGAUUGCGAAAGUUUAUUCAAGUCGGCAAACAUGUGGUUAGAAGGAUCUGAAUGGGAAACCGUUCUGCUUGGUUGGGCGUUAUACAUUGAUGGUCUCGACGAUGUUCUAAAAUUGGUUGUACUGCAAACUAAUCCAACAGACAACUUGGAAGAAAAACUUGGCCUACCACGGGUUCUCGAACGGAAUCUCCCGCUCAUUAGACUCUUGAUACCAAUUGUAAAACUAUCAAGAGUAUUCUUUCGAAGAUUCUUCAAAUUCGGAUCGCACGGCCAGCCGCUCCCACCCUUCACGGAGAUGUGUUCCCGCCAGCUUCAUAGUUUACACAGUUUGCCCGUAUCCGUUGCCGACAGACUCAACAUCCUCCACACUAUGUUGACCAACUCUAGCAUAUACGGCGAAGAUUUCAUCGAGAGUUUUGUGGAAAGGGUUCGAAGUCUUUUAGGUCUAUUUCAAUCUUCAUUUCUCGAUUUGAUUCUUGGGAUUAUUCCCCCGGACAAUGACAAUUACAAAGCUUGCUUUUUUACUUGGAAUACCCAGCUCAUCAUAGCCACGCAAAACAUUAUUGAGCUUGCCCUUUCAUACUCAGACAAUCCUACAUAUGUCUAGCAUCUGUA